GACUUCAGGUCAGUUAACACACACAAAGAUGGAGCUGGGCGACAUUUCAGACCUUGUGGAAGCAAAAAUACAGGACAACCAAGCAGUACUUUUGAGUCAGCUUGAUAAGUUAAUGUCUAGUAAGCUGAACAAGUUCCAGCAACAAAUACAAGAGAACCAACGAGACUUGAGCGACGUGCAGGUUGUGAAGAUUGAGGAAAUGACUAAAGACUCGUAUACAUUUCGUAAACGAGGAAAUGAAGAGCAACAUAAGGUCAACGUCAAGGCAAUAAGGAAAAUGAAGGAGGCGGAUGCCAUCCUCGAGGCAGACAGCGCUACCAGCUACAUUGGAGAAGCAAGAGCAAAAAUAUCGGAAGAGCGGGAUCAUCGACGGCAGUGAGCAGUAGAGCGAGCACAU